ACUCGGUGGGACCCGGUGGUCAGUGAGCCACCAACCCGACCACGCGCGACGCGCUAUAAAUGAGGCGCUUUCCAUUCGAGAGCUCUCUCCCCGCACCCCAUUCCUUCCCAGCGCGUUCCCCAACCCUCGUCCGACGCCCCGAGAUUUUGAAGGAAGAAGAGAAGUUGAACCAUGGGGAAGCGAAAGGCAGCUGCCAAGCCACCUCCCAAGAAGCGGAUGGACAAGCUGGAUACCGUCUUUUCCUGCCCAUUCUGCAACCAUGGGAGUAGCGUUGAGUGCCGAAUUGAUAUGAAGAAUCUGAUUGGUGAAGCCAAUUGUAGAAUCUGCCAGGAAAGCUUCAGCACCACUGCUAACGCGCUGACUGAAGCUAUUGAUAUAUACAGUGAAUGGAUCGAUGAGUGUGAGCGCGUCAACACUGUCGAAGAUGAUGAUGGUGCAUGAGCAUGCCUGGAUGGGAACGAACUGUUUACUAUCGUGGCCGUAACGCGUUGGUGUUAUUGACUGCCACUGUCAGCCAUGUCUGUAGUAGCAUUGUAAGAUGUACUGGCUGAUCAAACUUUAGUAGGCAGCUUAUCCCUCGCUUAAUAAACAACCGAUGAUAUUGUGUACUUAUAUUUCAACCUUUAAUAGUAGUCUGUGUAUCUGAUGUGUAUGGAUCCAUAAUAUGAGAGAUUAUGUAAGGUUGGUUCUCUAUCAGUAUGUUAUCAUGGUUGGCGUAACGCCAUAUUUCAGUACCA